AUGGCAUCCUAUUUAGAGACUAUCGCUUUACCCCACCUCCCACCGUCUCUGCCGGUGCAUGUUGCUCUAUAUCGCGAUGUGCAGAACUCGGCAUUUUUGAAGCAGCAGCUUCUGGCGGGGAAUGCUGAAUUCGAAUACGCAUUGAUUGAUGCAAGCAUGGUCUUGUCGAGGGCACAUGCCACCUCUGCUGUAUUUCGAGCAGUCAAUGACUACAUACACGAACGACUCAAGUCGCGGAAUGUGCACUCAGAGAUUGUCUUCUCUCUGAGCCCGACAAACAAUAUUGCCGAUUCUUUCCGGAAGUUCGGCAUCACAGACUCAACAAAAGACCUCCUGGUGGUCAAGGUGUCUGAGUCUCCAGAAAUUACACAUGACUCUGUUGCGACACAUCUGGGGAGUUCCAUACAAGGAACUCCCGUGCCUUUUGACGAUGAGACACUUUCCAAGAUCUCGGAUGUGGGCAAGAUCAAGAAACUCUACAAGCUAGGGGCUCUCCCAUCACCAGGACAGGGAAAUGCUGCGCAGGGUGACGAUGCGAAGCGACGAUUGGAGCUCUCCUUGUUGGGAGCUAUUGCUUUGCGAGGGUCAUGA